AAAAGUUUCGCAAAAAAACAUUACAAAAUGGGUGCUACAAGUAGCCAGCCUCGGAGCGCCGAAAUUGUCAAUCCCAAUCCAUUCCAAAUUUCUCGCGAGGUGGUUGAGCGACUUGAGCAGGCCAGGGAGGAAAUGGCUAAGACUUCAGGAGAAUCUGGGAGUUGCGAGCAGUGCAAGAAGAAGAUCCUGUCUGUUUCCGGUUCGGGUGACGCUCCAUCCACUCUGGAGCACCAGUCGAAGGAGGUCCCGGAGGUGGAACCCGUGGACUGGCCCUGGAAGAAGCGCGCAGUGGAGAUGGAGGAGAGCCAAUUCCAUGAAUCUGUGAAACGUGUGGAGGAGCUCUUUGGCACACCGAUGAAAUGGACCGAGGACCUCGAAGGCGAAAUUAAACAGAUGGAGAAGGAACUGACCACUUGCUAUAGGGAGAAUCCCUACGAGACCCUAAAGUGUGAAACACUGGCCAAGCGCUAUCAUUCGUUCAUAUUCACCAACCAUUUCAAAGCAAUCUCAAAGCUAGAACCAAAAGACUCGAGGCCGAAGUCGACUCGAGUGCCCAAAGAUCUCGUGCACAUCGAAGCUAAGCAGGAGAAUAUGCCUGCGCCUUUGAUGGACUAAAUGGUCAAACCAAGAACGAUGCCAGUCCCUGACAUAAUUUGACAAUUGAAGCCAAAACACUGUCCAAUCAGAUUCAAUCACAUUCAAUCAUAUAAAUUGUAAGCCAUUUGACCGAGCAAACACCACAAACUAUUUUCUGGCUUUAAUUAUACUCGCAUCAGUUCUAUUUAAUUUAAAAUAAAACGUGUUAAACGCA